CCAGUUGUCCACCUCAUCUUCGCAGUUUUGCGCUUUCCCCCCUUCUAUGAAGCUCUACUCGUAUUCCCUUUCAUACUACUUCUACUAGUAUCCUUCUAUUUUUUAUACUCAAAAUGACAUAAACUUCAUUUAUUGAAGCUUCUUGUCCAUUUAGUAGUUCCUUCGCAAAGUCUCCGAACCUCUCCAACAAGAAAUCUACUUCCCGUUUUCUCGCGUCUCCUAUCUCGACUGGACCUACUAUUUAAACCCGCCUGAGAAACCAAGAUGAAAACUGCGAAGCUACCUCAAGCGGACGCUGGUCCCUCCUCAAAUAGAAGAGCCCAACCUGUUCGCCAAACCCGAGCGAAUCCCCCGCGAACGUCGUCUGGUACAGCCCGCACUUUCGCUGGCAGAGAUUCUCUUGGAGGCGGCCAUAGUCACGAUCAACCUAUCGAGGUUUUCCCCGCAAUUACAUACUUCACCGAUUCUAUAACAUCGCUCCCUAAAGAUCUCGUCCGACACUUUACUCUUUUAAAGGAAGUCGACGCAAAGAUAUUUGCCCCCGAAGAAACCCUCUUCCAACUUGUAAACGCCGCUCUCAAGUCGAGCCCCUCCGAACCUAGAAAUGCCAACGAUGCAUCCAGUAGCAUCGCUACCGCCUCGACGCCAAUGAGCGCCCAGAAUAGCUCGAGCGGGUUCGCUGCGAAUGGUAAUACUAGAUCGAUCGACGAUAACUAUAGCUCUACGGUGUUUAACCCGAGUAAUGUCCCGCGACGACAGCUAUUUCAUCAAACCGCCCUCAAAGUCCAGGAAAUGCUGGUGUCCUUAGAAGAGAAAAACCAUGUCAUAUCGACUGCGAACGAGGCGCUAUCUAAACAACUAGCUCGGAUUAAUGACGUCUGGCCGCACCUCGAGGGUGAGUUCAGCGACGAGGCUAAAUGGGGUAGCACUACACACUGGGCCUAUCCAGAGAAUAGGAUCAAUCGAGCGAAUCAAGCUGAGCGAUCGCGCCGAGAUGGGGCAGCUACUAUCACAGCUGCGGCCCAGCAGCUUGCUGAAGAAGCUGCAGCACGAAGUGACGCGAGAAAACAAGCGCUCAUAGCUAAGAAAGGGCUUAAGAAUCAACACCAAGACUCGGAUGUAGAUGACCACGAGAACAAGCACAGGGGAGAACCGACAAAAAAGGCCUCUAACAAUAACCACAGCAGUAAGGCUCGAAAGGCUGCCGAAGCAGCCGCACCUGUUGGACUGGGUAUUACUUCAGGCACUGUUACGAACACUCCCAACGGGAAUCCUCCAUCCAAGAGACGAAAGGUGGAAGCAAAUAAGCCGGCCAACGGGGGGCAGCCAAUGGAACGCGCAAUGAGCUCUGCCCUCGGCAAUGGGACGAAGCCCAAAAACUCGAGCCCUAGGGCAACACCUGCACCCGAACCGCCUAAGAAGCGCAAAGCUCUUCCCACCGUAAACGGUACCUCGAAAAAGAGCAAAACGGCUACCGCAGCCGCCGUGCUUUCUCCUUCCAUCGCAGCCUCUCCAAUCCAACCAAACUUCGAUCCCAAAGCCGCCGCCCGCGGUUCACCUGCGCCUUCUACAACCUCAGCGCGUCCCGCAUCAUCUCGAGCGAGACAAAACUCGAUACAGUCCACCGUAGAAAAUGGUCGGCAGCGACCUGCCUCAUCCGCUCCAAACAGGCCAAAUGGCGUCGCGGCUACAACUCCGGAGCUUACGGCAGCGCACAACGGCGUUCGUCCCCCGGCUGAUGCUAAACAAAAUAAAGAAACCGUAGCAACCGUGAAGAUCGAGGCUACUAGGGAAGAAGCGGUCCUUACCAUCGCUAGUACUAGUUCCGUCACUACGAGUAACAAAGCCAUACCCAAAGGUGACGAUGCGGAACCUAAAGGGGAUCCCACACAAACCCCAUUAGCAGCGUCCACGCCCGUCGUCACCACCAAGAGCGGGCGAGCUAGUAAGCCGUCAACGCCAGCAUUAGGAUCAUUCCCAGACCCGCCACCACGAUCUCGGUCAUCGCGAAAUGCGUCGAGUACCAAUGGGAAGAGGAGCCAUAAGAAAGGCGCAGCCCAGCAACUCGCAGCUCGGCUCGCGAAUGCAGAUGCGAACGGCAGUAUACAGGGCGACGACGACGCUGAUGUUGAUGCUGACGAGCCACUGUACUGUUAUUGUAAUGGAGUGAGUUAUGGCGAGAUGGUCGCAUGCGAUGCCGAUGAUUGUGAACGAGAGUGGUUCCAUCUCGAUUGCGUUGGCUUAAAAGCAGCCCCACCAUCGAAUAUGAAAUGGUAUUGUGAUAAUUGCAAGGAUCGUAUGAGAGCCGGGAAGAAAGUAAAUGGCAGAUGAUUUGCUCCUUUACUGCAUGUUUUGCUUCAAUAGGUAUACCAAGCGUCUACUUAGAAAUCAUGGAGUUUACGGUGUUCAUUGAGCCAUACGAUAGUCGGCAUUUAACAGGGCACUUUGGGGUUGAAGAUGCAAUAGGACCUCACGUAUAUUGGCGUCUCGGGAUUCGAAACCUCUGGGAGGGGUAUCUAAAGCGCCUAGAUACCUAAAUUAUUGCUUUGGGGGGCUACUUACUAGGUAAAGGCUUGAUAUGGUGCCGACGAGCUGCUCCUAUGUGGCCCGGAGUAUGUUUUGGGGAAAUUUAUCACGCCAAUGGAAACGCGGGUUAGAUAGAUAUUGGCGUUUCUGUACAUUUUUUCAGACUCCUAUGUAGAGAGUCGCUAUCAAAGCUAAGAACAUACGUUGAUAUUAUUGUGAACUCUACAUGUAUGUAAAAUAUCAGUAGGACUUACGAGGAAAUCAGAUCUACUCGAAAAUA